UGUUUGUGUAUAUAACAUUAAUGUCAUUUACUCUUCUUUGAUUCUGCUUGUAACUCUUUGCUCUCAUCCUCCAUUUCUCCUCUCAAAAUGAAAAGCUUUGACGCGGUGCAUAAUCCCUCUGCGGUGGAAUCCGCUGACGCCAACGUCGACGAUGAUGGUCGGGAGAAGAGAACGGGGACGUUGAUGACGGCGAGUGCGCACAUAAUCACGGCUGUGAUAGGUUCCGGAGUGUUGUCGUUGGCUUGGGCUAUAGCACAACUUGGUUGGGUGGCAGGAACAUUGAUUCUUGUAACUUUUGCCGUCGUCAAUUACUACACAUCCACUAUGCUCGCCGAUUGUUAUAGAUCGGACGCCGGAGCUCGCAACUAUACGUACAUGGACGUCGUUCGAUCUUACCUUGGUGGUAGGAAAGUGCAGUUAUGUGGACUGGCACAAUACGGGUGUCUCGUAGGGGUCACUAUUGGUUACACCAUCACUGCAUCUAUAAGUUUAGUAGCGAUUUGGAAAGCAACUUGUUUUCAUAAAAAAGGACAUGGUGCGAAAUGCUCCAUCCCAAAUUAUCCAUUCAUGGUGGCCUUCGGGGUCGUGGAAAUUUUUCUUAGUCAGCUUCCUAAUUUUCACAAGCUCUCUUUUCUCUCCAUUAUCGCCGCCAUUAUGUCAUUCUCUUAUGCGUCUAUCGGAAUUGGUUUAGCCAUUUCCGUUGUGGCAAGUGGAAAGGUUGGUAAGACGAGUGUGACGGGCACGGUGGUUGGAGUGGACGUGACCGCAUCUGACAAAAUAUGGAAGGCGUUUCAAGCAACUGGAGACAUUGCAUUUUCAUACUCUUUUUCCACUAUUCUCGUUGAGAUUCAGGAUACAUUGAGAUCAAGCCCACCAGAAAACAAAGUCAUGAAAAAAGCAACACUUGCCGGAGUCUCAACUACAACUGUUUUCUACAUCUUAUGUGGCUGCAUGGGAUAUGCUGCAUUUGGAAACCGAGCCCCCGGAGACUUCCUUACUGACUUUGGUUUUUAUGAACCUUACUGGCUCAUCAAUUUUGCCAAUGCUUGCAUCGUCCUCCACCUAAUUGCAGCCUAUCAGGUGUUUGCACAACCAAUUUUCCAACUUGUUGAGAACAAAUGCAACAAAGCAUGGCCAGAAAACAAUUUCAUCAACAAAGAACAUUCGAUAAACAUACCAUUCCUCGGAAAAUGGCGCAUCAACUUCUUCAGACUGGUGUGGAGGACAGCAUAUGUGAUUUUGACAACAUUUGUUGCAGUGAUAUUCCCCUUCUUCAACUCGAUCUUGGGCCUUAUCGGAGCAACAGCAUUCUGGCCGCUAACAGUUUACUUCCCAGUGGAGAUGCACAUCUCGCAGAGAAAGGUUAAGAAGUAUUCUAUGAAAUGGAAUGCGUUGAAACUCCUUAUAUCGGUUUGUUUGAUUGUUUCGCUCCUAGCUGCAAUAGGAUCCAUUGUCGGCUUGAUAAAUAGUGUCAAGGCAUACAAGCCUUUCCAUAGUUAAGAUUAGUUAUUUGUAUCCUAAGCUAUCUGAAUUUUGUGGGAACUAUUUCUUUCAAUAAAAACAGUUUGUAGUGUUGGUGCAUGUCUGUCUGUCUUAAAGAGUUAACGGCGUUGGCCCAAACGCUCGCUUGUCCGGUGCGGUUUCGUCCGCUUAUUUAGAAUAUUACUAGUAUACUAUUAUGUGAUCAGAAAGGCUUACUUUUGAAGAAUGUAGAAACAGAUUUUCUUUGAAGUGUUCAAGGAAACAUUCAUAUUAUCAGUAUGUAAUUAAUGUUUUUUACAAAAAUCUCAAUCAUAUAUGGGAAUUGAACUAAUAUUUUGUAUUGUUCCCUUAAAUAAAAGGUAAGAAGACUAAGAGAAAAAUAAAAAAAAUUAUAAAUGGGAAGGAAAGCUUUUGUGAAUAAAUAUAUGUUGGUCAAUUCAACAGUACGAAAGCCAAAAGGAGAAGGAGAAGGAGAAGGAGAGUGUUCAAGGGAGAAACUAGAUCACUCCUUUAUCUCUAUGGUGUAAUUUGUCUGAGGUCUAAUAUUUGUAUUUCACUUGUUGGUUAAUGAAAAGUUCAUGUUGAGCAAAAAAACAAUGGGAGAAGGAGAGUGAAACCAAAGGAUCAAAGUUCAUGUCUUUUUAUACUCGAACAAAUUAUAAGUGUUAAAUACACUUAAACUAAAAAUUAAUUUGAAUUGUAGACCUGAAUUAUCAACCAUUAUGUUCGGCAAACUGACGUCAUUUUAUAAUGGAUAAAAUCUUGAAAAAGUUGCAAUAGCUGCAGAUCGAACCAUGGUCCCGACGAUAACAAUCAAAUUUACAUACUACUGUGCUACGACAAAAUAUAUUGUUUGAUUAUUAGAUUUAAAAAAUAUGUAGACUUUGAUAUUCUAAGAUAAGAAUUAUUUUUGCUUACACAUUUUAUUUAAUUCAAAUAUAGUUGCAUCAGUAAUUUAUGUAUUUAAAAAAAUUUAGAUUGUUAUACAUGUAAUAAAAUAGAAAAUGAUAUUUCAUAAAUUAUUCAAUCUAAUUUUAAAAUGACAUUUCUCAACUAGUUAUCUAAAUUC